CAGGAGUCCCGAUGCGGAGCCACUGGGUUGGGCCGCCUGAGGUCGGAACCGAUCCGGUCGCGAUUCUCUAAUGAUCUUGCUUCACCAUGGCAACCAAUAUGGAGGUGCUGGCUCAGCAGGUAGUGGAGACACAGCAGGUGGCUGAGGUGCAGACUGUUCAGACUUCAUUAUCCGAAUCUCCAGUGAUGACCAACCCUUCCCAGCGUAUCCAGAUUAUUUCCACAGACUCCUCUGUAGCUUCUCCACAACGCAUUCAGAUUGUGACAGAUCAGCAAACAGGGCAAAAAAUACAAAUAGUGACAGCAGUGGAUUCAUCUGUAUCUCCAAAACAACAGUUUAUAUUAGCCAGUCCAGAUGGAACUGGUGCAGGAAAGGUGAUACUGGCAGCACCCGAGACAUCUAAUGCGAAGCAGCUUAUCUUUACCACGACAGACAAUAUUGUGCCAGGCAGAAUUCAGAUAGUGACGGACACUGCUUCGGUGGAACGUUUGCUGGGAAAAGCUGAUGUUCAGCGGCCACAAGUAGUAGAAUAUUGUGUCGUCUGUGGAGAUAAAGCAUCAGGUCGUCACUAUGGUGCUGUAAGCUGUGAGGGAUGCAAAGGUUUCUUUAAAAGGAGUGUAAGGAAGAAUUUGACCUACAGUUGUCGUAGCAACCAGGACUGUAUCAUCAAUAAACACCAUCGGAAUCGCUGCCAAUUUUGUAGGCUUAAGAAAUGUCUAGAAAUGGGCAUGAAAAUGGAAUCGGUUCAGAGUGAAAGAAAACCUUUUGAUGUGCAACGUGAAAAACCAACAAACUGUGCAGCUUCCACUGAAAAAAUCUAUAUCAGAAAAGACCUGCGGAGUCCUCUAAUAGCAACUCCAACAUUUGUCGCAGAUAAGGAUGGGGCACGGUCAGCAGGCCUUCUUGAUCCAGGAAUGCUUGUGAAUAUUCAGCAGCCUUUGAUCAGGGAUGAUGGUACAGUCCUUCUAGCUGCUGACUCCAAGGCUGAGACAAGCCAGGGUGCUUUAGGAACACUAGCAAAUGUUGUAACAUCUCUUGCUAAUCUCAAUGAGUCAUUAAAUAAUGGAGAUACUUCUGAAAUUCAACAAGAAGAACAAUCUGCAAGUGAGAUUACACGAGCAUUUGAUACUUUGGCUAAAGCACUUAAUACCACAGAUGCCUCAGCAGCUCAGAACUUGGCAGAUGGAAUGGAUCCUACAGGAGGAGGGAAUAUUCAUGUAAUCAGUAGAGAUCAGUCAACACCUAUUAUUGAAGUGGAAGGACCCCUCCUUACAGAUACACAUGUCACAUUUAAGCUGACAAUGCCCAGUCCAAUGCCAGAGUACCUUAAUGUUCAUUAUAUCUGUGAGUCAGCAUCACGACUACUAUUCCUCUCUAUGCACUGGGCAAGGUCCAUACCAGCUUUUCAAGCACUUGGGCAGGACUGUAAUACAGGCCUUGUGCGCGCCUGCUGGAAUGAGCUAUUCACCUUAGGCCUUGCACAGUGUGCACAGGUGAUGAGUUUGUCUACCAUCCUAGCAGCUAUUGUCAACCACCUCCAGAACAGCAUACAGGAAGAUAAGCUUUAUGGAGACAGAAUAAGGCAAGUGAUGGAACACGUGUGCUAACUUCAGGAGUUCUGUAACAGCAUGGCCAAGCUUGAUAUUGAUGGAUAUGAAUAUGCAUAUCUUAAAGCUAUAGUCCUCUUUAGCCCUGAUCACCCUGGUCUGACCAGUUCAACCCAAAUAGAAAAAUUCCAGGAGAAGGCACAGAUGGAAUUGCAGGACUAUGUACAAAAAACCUAUCCAGAAGAUACUUAUAGGCUAGCCCGGAUUCUAGUUCGCCUGCCAGCACUUAGGCUGAUGAGCUCUAGCAUUACUGAGGAACUAUUUUUUACUGGUCUCAUUGGAAAUGUUCCAAUUGACAGCAUAAUUCCCUACAUUCUCAAAAUGGAAACAGCAGAAUAUAAUGGUCAAAUAACUGGCACAUCUGCAUAGUGGGAACAAUACAAUUUGAUGGAUCAAAAUAAUUUUCAUAAAAACAUAUAUUUAAGAGAAAGAAGUUAAAAGAAUACCAGUUUGGUAUGUACAGAUAUUUACAACUUACUAUUUAAUUUCCUAUCAGAUUUCUUCUCAUCUGUCUGCUGACUUUGACAAAAUUUAAGCAGCUUUUAAAUGAUCUGUAUUAGGACCUUUUCUGCCACAAGGAAUGUUUCUGAUGCCUUUCCUUCAAAAGGCUAUAGAUUACUGAACGUACUUUUAACAUGCUUUGUAUUUAGAAAUUAUUGGUGGUUAAAAA